AUGAAGAUAAACUUAAAUGUCACAUAAAAUUCUGUUAUAUUAGUAUGUUUAAAAAAAAAUCUGUUAUAGAAGAAAGAAUACGACUUUAAUUAAGUCAGUAUAAAGUCCGAACAGUAUGCGCGUUUCUCUGCGCGCAGAUGUGAUGUCUGAAUAAACAAUUAUUGUCUGGUUAACGCAUUAGUAGUUCACUGCCGGUUAUAGUGUCAUAGUCAUCAGUAGGUUAACCAAAGAUGGAAGUUCGAACAGAAUUAAUUACGGAACUUCGUGAAAAAUUUUUUAAAAAAUUGGCCGACGAGGGACCACCAGAUCCUAAGUUUCAUCCUGUAGAUAUUGCUAAAAUAAAAGAUAAUAAUCAUUGGUUACAAAGAUUUUUGGAGCACAAUGAAAACAAUGUGCAAGAAGCACUUAAUAUGUUAUGGGAAACUUGCUGUUGGAGGAGUAAAUUUGGCACAAAUGAGAUUACAGAAGAGAAUGUAAUAAAAGAGUAUUUAAAUAGUGAACUGUGUUUUAUUCACGGUAAAGAUAGAGAUGGUAAAACAAUGUUUAUUAUUAGAUGUAAAUUGCACACUAAAGGAAGCAAAGACUUUAGUCAAUUGCAAAAGCUCGUUGUAUAUUGGUUUGAAAGAUUAGAAAGACAAACUAAUGGUAAUCAAAUUUCUCUUUUCUUUGAUAUGUCAGAUACUGGUAUUUUAAAUAUGGAUAUGGAAUUUAUCAAGUACCUGAUUAAUCUUUGUAAAAAUUACUAUCCUAAUUUUUUAAAUUAUAUAAUUAUUUUUGAAAUGCCAUGGAUAUUAAACACUGGAUUUAAAAUUAUAAAGUCAUGGUUGCCACCUAAGGCAAUUCCAAAAAUUAAAUUUGUACAAAAAAACAACAUACAUGAGUUUGUAGAACCUAAUGAUAUACUUACAUGUUGGGGAGGUAGUAAUGAAUAUGUCUUCAAAUUUGUAUCAGAAGCACAAAACAGUGUAGACGCUACAAUGAAUGGUAAAUUUGAUAAUAAAAAGGUACAUUUUACAGAAGCUUCUCCAUUAACAGAACAAUCCUCAAGCAAUUUUGGAGAGCAAGCAAUUGAAGAACAAUUAUUAUCUAUUGAACCAGAUGCACUUAUAUUUAACAAAAACGGGAAUGAAAUUAGUGGAACAAUUACGUUGAAAAAUGUAACUACUGAUAAACCUUUAUCUUACAAGGUAAAAACAACAUCACCAGGGAAAUUUAAAGUACGUCUAAGUUCAGGGGUUUUAUUACCUCAAGAACAACGCACGAUUUCAGUUGUUGUGCAACAAGAACACAACAUGCGCGGCCUUUUACAAGUUGAUAAAUUUUUAGUUAUGUGCCUUCCAUUAAAAGAUCCAAAUGCAUCGGCCCAAGAAUUAGCAGCUUUAUGGAAGUCUGAGAAACCAGCAGAAGAACAUAAAUUAAGAUGCUGUGAUGGUGGAAUUACAAGUAGUGAAUCAUUAAAAUUACAUUCCACUUCUGGUAUAUCAGAAAGUGGUCAAAUAGAUAUACUUUCCCGUAAAAUAGCACAUUUGAAGGAUAGUCAUACAAAGCUGUAUAAUGAUGUUGCUUUUCUAAAGCACUUAUCAUUUUUUUCUAUGAUAGUUACAAUUAUAAUGGCCAUAAUAGUUAUUUAUAUUUUAAAAAUUGACAUUAAAAAUACUGUGGAUCAACAAGCUUGUCACAUUCACCAUGGGAUAUAGAUUACUUAGAUACAAAUUCAUUUGAGUUUUACAUAUGUAACAAAAAUUUUAUUAUAUUUUUAUGUUUAAUUAAUAAUUCUAAUAUUUUUACAUUCGUAAAAUUAUUUGAUAAUUCGUAUUGAUUUUUUACAUUCGUAGUUUUCAUAGUUUAUAUUUUUCACUAUUUUUGUUAAAGAAGAAUUGUAUAUGAUUCUUGUAUAUAUUUUAAUACAAUUUACUUUAUUAUCAUUAAUAUAAACAAAGUAAGUUGUUAUUGUAUUUCAAGAUGUUUGUGUAUAAUCUCUAAUAUAUUCAGAAUGUAACCGUAUUAUUACAGGGAAAGAAAUAUAACUAAUUGGAAUUAUUUUUGUAAAAUUUUACACGUAUUUUGUACAAUUUAUCUCGGUUAUAAUUUGUAAUUUAAUAAUACAAAUUAUUUCAAAUUAAUUUUUUACAUCAUUUGCUUAAAAUUAUUUACAUAGUUCAUCCAAUAUGUUCGAAUAUUUAACAAAAUAAUUAUAGAAAGUUUUAUGUUAUACGCGUGUGAUAAAAUUUUGAGUAUCAGAUUCGUAUAAUAUGCGCAUGUAAAUAUUUUAUUCAUAAUAAUUUUAUAAAAUGUGUUAAUAAACUAUAUAUUUCAUGAAAACAA